AUGGCUACCACGCAGCCUUGGGUCCCGGCGGCGACGGUUACUACGGAGCAGGACUCCAGCAUCUCUACCCAGAUCCCUUCCGCAAGCGGCGGAAGCAUGUACAUGCCCGCUGCCCUCCCACCAGCGGACCGCGCGAGCCCUCCACGUGCUUGGUCAUAUGUUUAUUUUUACGCCCCCGAUUACCAAGAUGCGUGGCUGCUGUGGCCGCCGGGAUGGACUCAACUUCAUUCCACGCCAUUGGCCCUCAGCCCUGGCGCGACGGCGACCCGACCCAACAUCGCGACACAAUCGACUGCUCCGUCGCACACCGCAGCUUCUCUCGUGCAUCGAGCCAUGUCGGCCCCUGUCCUGCAGCUCUGGGCCAAUAGGAGGGCCAAGAUCGUACAUUGGCGAGGUCCGGAGGUAUACGACGACGGUGAAGGGAGGUCGAAGUGGCGGAGAGCCCUCAUAUCGUGA